AUGUACAGAGAACAGAUCUUAAUAUCGGCUAACUUUCCUGAACAAGUAGUAGAUAAUCUUCCAGCUGAUGUAUCCACUGGCAUUUAUUAUGGUUGGGCCAGUGUUGGAAGUGGAGAUGUCCAUAAGAUGGUGGUGAGCAUAGGAUGGAACCCAUACUACAAGAAUACGAAAAAGUCCAUGGAAACUCAUAUCAUACAUACCUUCAAGGAGGAUUUCUAUGGGGAAAUCCUCAAUGUGGCUAUUGUUGGCUACCUCAGACCAGAAAAGAACUUUGAUUCUUUAGAGUCACUUAUUUCAGCAAUUCAAGGUGAUAUUGAGGAAGCUAAGAAACGACUAGACUUACCAGAACAUUUGAAACUCAAAGAAGAUAAUUUCUUCCAGGUUCCUAAAAGCAAAAUAAUGAAUGGCCACUGAUGAAAAAUCAUCUUAUUUAUUCAUUCACUGUUUUCUCAUAUUUCACUGUUCAUAACUUUGCCAUCUCAUCUUAGUUAUAUUUUAAAAAUCAAACAUUUUCUUACAGCUGUGAUUAGUUUAAACAGUACAAUGUAGUACCAUAUUUAUUAUGCUUCAGUUAAAUCCAUCAUGCCAUCAUACUAAAAAGAUUCAUUUAAAAAUCAAAAUUCUUUUUUAUGUAAUACAUUGAUUAAAAUGUGCUACUCAAAAGGUAUAAGUGUCUUAUAGUGGAAAUGAAAAGUGUAUAAGUUUGGGUAAAAAGCCAAGUCACUAGUUUGAGAUGAGAACUAUAAUUCUCAUGGUAAAAUAGCAACAUGUAUGUAGUUGUACAGCAGCUGCUGCUAAACAGAGAAGGCUUAUAAAACUAAAUGCAUCAAACAAAUUUGAUCGUUAGUGUAUAAAUCUAAAGGGGGAAAUCUAGACUUUAUAUUUUUGAUAUUUUGUGCAUUGAUAUAUUAUAGACACGAAGACUUUAUGUCAUAUCAAAGAAAUUUUGUUAUUUAUGAGGUCA